AAAAUGAACCAGCUCGCUUAUGUGCUCGUGCUUGCAUUGAUUGCUUCGGUGGUGGCAGAUAAGGAUGCUACCGUUCUAAGGCAAGACUCGGAAGUCAAUCCAGAUGGUACGUAUCAAUACGCGUACGAAACAUCCAACGGAAUCGUGGCCGAGGAACAGGGAACGCUGAAAAAUCUUGGCGAAGAGCAGGCACAGGUGGCACAGGGACAGUACUCGUACACCGAUCCGGAUGGCAACCGCAUCUCACUGCAGUACAUCGCAGACGAGAAUGGAUUCCAGCCGCAGGGUGAUCAUCUGCCAACGCCACCACCAAUCCCGGAGGCCAUCGAACGGGCGCUCCGACUGCUGGCGAACCUCAGCCGGAACAAGCGUGGUUCCUUGUAG